AUGUCUGGAGAAAAUCUCUCGAGACCAAGCCGAAGGGGUUUUACUGGUCCCUGCAUGACCCACACAAACAUGGUACCCUCUUCUUCUACAGAUGCUCAUUCAGCAGCCAAAGCUGUUGUUGUGGACCCCUCAAGUGGAGUUAUUGAGACACCCAUUAGGCAAGGUUCACAGCAUGCAAGGAAAACUGAAGUUGAUGGCAUGUCCCUUGUCCGGCAACAUUAUCAGAACCAGGGCUUUUCUGACCACAUUACCGGUGUACUCCUCGAUUCAUGGCGAAUUUCUACACAAAAACAGUAUGCGAGUUAUCUUAAAAAAUGGAAUUUAUUCUGUCGUGAACGGAAAAUUCUUGCACAUUCCCCUACUUUAAAUCAAGUUUUGGAAUUCUUGUACACACAAUUGCAUUUAUCAUAUUCUAGUAUUAACAGUGCCAGAUCAGCGUUAUCAUGUUUUCUUUCUAUUGGCAAUUUUCCAGUGGGGAAGCACCCAAUAGUUUGUCGUUUCCUAAAAGGGGCAUUUGAACGGAAACCACCUGCUAAUAAGCAUCAUGCUAUCUGGGAUGUCCACACAGUUUUGGCUUAUCUGAAAACGUUCACCCCUAACAGUGGUUUAAGUCUUAAAGAGCUUAGUCACAAAUUAACAAUGUUAUUGGCUUUGGUGACUAUUCAGCGGAAGCAAACUUUAAUACACCUCAAUAUUAAUAAUGGCUGCAUGAUACAAUCAGAUGUUCAAUUUGUGUUUGUUCUUGAUAAGCAUAUCAAACAAAGCAGACCAAAUUAUUCAGUUCCACCUGUUAUUGUUCCUAGAUACAAUUUGGAUCCUGAUGUUUGCCCAUAUUUAUGUUUAGAAGCGUAUCUUGAGAAGACUAAACAUUUACGACAAAGUGUCAAUUUACUCGUUGCAACGAUAAAGCCGCAUCGUGCUAUUGGAUCUCAAACUUUAGCUCGAUGGAUUAAAAUUGUCUUAACCGGUGCUGGUAUUGACAUUACUUUAUUCAAACCACAUUCUACACGACACGCGGCUGCAACAGCAGCCUAUGCAGCAGAUCUUCCAGUAAAUGAAAUUCUGCAAAGAGCAGGUUGGAGUAAUGCUACCACAUUUAGGCGCUUCUAUUACAAAGGGGUUAUUGAGUAG